UAUGUGGUAGAAGUUCAAUGCUAUUAUGAAAAGUGUUUAAUUACGACGCAGCGAGACACAACAUAUACGUCUUGAAAUACAGCGAAAAUGCAUGUGUUUAAUAUGGAUUAACUGUUUGUCAUUUUCUGCAAAAUGGAACCGGAUAGUGACGCAAUCGAUAUCAUACCGCUGGCUUCCUGUUUGUAGCUACUCACCCCAGAUUUGCUAGCUAAGUGACAAGCUAACUGAGAUCACAACCUUGCCCUGUCCGUGGUCAUCCCAGGGACGAGGGUUUUGUGCUGCUUAUUGGUGGUUGCAGCUUCCAAUAGGUUCGUUGUCAUUUUCACGUUGUCUUCGUUUAGCUAAUGUUUGUGGGUUAAUCCCUGUUUGUGCGCGGCAUGUGGAGCAUUUGAGCUAACUGUCACUCUGGCGUUAGCCCUGUCCCGAGUGGUUUUGACCAGACUUGACCACCUUCUGGCAGUGGCAUUAGGCUGGCAGCGACAUGGACACAGCAGAGCUAGGUCGAUAAGCAACGAAGAGCUUCAGUUGUUGUCUUUUCGACAGUGCACUCCUCAGGGAAACGACCGAGAGGGUGCUUUUCAUAUUCACUAUAGAGAAGCUCUCAUCUUUCCUGCUGCCAGGAUGUUGGAGGGCCUAGUUGCCUGGGUGCUAAACACAUACCUGGGCAAAUAUGUCAGCAACCUGAAUACAGAUCAGCUCUCCAUUGCCCUUCUGAAAGGUGCAGUGGAGUUGGAGAACCUCCCUCUGAGGAAAGAUGCCCUCCGAGAGUUUGAUCUGCCAUUUGAAGUCAAAGCUGGCUUCAUUGGAAAGAUUACCCUCCAGAUCCCUUUUUACCGGCCUCACAGUGACCCAUGGGCCAUCUCCAUGUCUCAGCUCAACCUGAUCAUUGGUCCUGUUCAGCUGCAGGAGUAUGAUGCAGAGAGAGAGAGAGAAGAGGAGAACGAGCGCAAAAAACGUCUCCUCCGGGCUCUCGAAGACAAAUUCAAAAGUGAGUGUGAACGGAUGGGAGAGUCUUACUGGUAUUCUGUCUCUGCCUCAGUGGUCACCAGGAUUGUGGAAAACAUUGAGCUGAAGAUCCAAGAUGUCCAUCUUAGAUUUGAGGAUGACUUCUCCAACCCAGAAAAACCUUUCUCUUUCGGGGUUUGCAUCAAAAAUGUUUCUGCUCAGAACCCCUCCAAAGAGUCGGUGCAGAAGCUUGUACGACAAAAGCAGCUGGAGAUUGAAGACUUCUGUGUCUACUGGGACACAGAGUGUGAAAUGUUGGGAAAACUGCCGACAAAUCAGAUCCCGGAGGUUAUGACCCAGUUUAUGCAGAGCCGUGAGCAUCAGUACAUCUUUGAGCCUGUGCGUUCCUCCGUGUUACUAAGAAGAAAUGCCUCCAAGGAGCCUCUGAGGUCCCGAUAUACUCCUCGAAUUGAAGGCCAAGUUCAACUGGAGCCCAUGUCCCUACGCCUGUCCCAGGUGCAGUAUCAGCAGAUCAUGGCAUUCCUAAAGGAGCUAGACCGCAGAGAGAGAGAGAUGCUUUACCGAAAGUGGAGACCAAAAUUUCCCCUUUCAGGACACUGCCAGCAGUGGUGGAUAUUUGCCAUCCAGGCCAACCUUAGUGAAAUCAGGGAGCAGCGACGGCGAGGCACCUGGGACUUUGCCUUGCAGCGAGCACGAGACGCCCAGACCUACACCAGUCUCUACUUCAGGAAGCUCAAAGCCGUCCCACUAAGUCCUCAAGAGGAGAGUGAGCUGGAGAGAGUGGAAGAUGAGCAGACAAUAGAGGAGCUGCAGAGUCUCAGAGAAAUCGUCCAUGACUGGUUUCGAAAGCAGGAAGAGAUUGCAGAGAAUGUGCGAGAGCCCAGCAGUGACCCCCUGCCCUGUUCACCCACCACAUCUAUCCCUAAGAGUGGGAGCUCAGGGAUGAUUCAGUACCUGCAGUCAUGGUUUCCUGGCUGGGGAGGCUGGUAUGGAGAUUCCCAGGACCCAGACAGGCCUGAAGAGCUGCUGCCAAGUCCGUCCUCAUGGGACAUUCUAGAGACAGAAGACUUGUUCGAUCCAUUGGAGGACUCUCACACACUUAACAGCUUCACCAGGCGAGACCACCUGUUUGCCCGGCUGGAGUUCUUACUGGAGAAGGGUGGAGUCACACUCUUUCACCAGGACAGGAUAGGGGACAGACCUCAUGAGAGUGGGGUCAUCCAGUUGGAAUUCUCAGGUGUGAAAGUGACUCUGGAGUCUCUCCCUCGGUCCGAGUCCUCCCUGCUGUCUCUGAAGCUGGGGGGUUUGUUCCUGAGAGACUUGACCACUCAGGACACCAUCUUUCCUGUUCUAGUGUCUCCGAAAACGGACACCACUAAUCAACCAUGUGGCCAGUCCUGCACUACCUCCGGAUGCAGUGCAGAGUGCUCAUUGUCUCCAGUUUUUGAGAUGAUAUAUGAGCAAAACCCAGCAAGGUGCAAGUUUGAGAGAAGACUGGAAGUGAAUACUAGUCCAUUGAACAUCAUCUACAACCCGCAAGCAAUCAAAGAAGUUACAGAGUUCUUCUACAAAGGAAAAGUUCACACCUCAGGUUUUGGCUAUCAGUCAGAGUUGGAGCUUAGAGUGGCAGAAGCUGCAAGGAGACAGUACAACAAGCUGAAGAUGCAGACAAAGGCCGAAAUUCGACAAACCAUUGACCAGCUACUUGUGGGAGAGUUUAUUGAAAACAGUAAGCGCUGGACUAUGAAAUUGGACAUUUGUGCACCACAGGUGAUUUUUCCAGAUGAUUUCCAGUCGAGGGACCCAAUGUUAGUUGUUGUUGAUUUAGGCAGGAUUCUCCUCACAAAUUCUCAAGAUGACGAUAAAGCCAGCACUAAAGCUACUCAGCCUGAAAAGGAAGACAUGAGUGAUGAGGAGUACCAGACACCCCUUGCCACGCCACCAGAAUCUCCACCACCUGAGCCAGACAUUUCAAUGAAAGCACCAAUUAGAAGUCCUGAUCUUCCCAGCCUUAGUUCACCUGAAUGUACACAGGCCUACAGCAGAAAGCUGUAUGAAAAAUACUCUUUGUCUUUCAAGGACCUGCAGAUAAUGGUUGGUCGCUAUAAAGACAGCUGGAAACAUCUUCAAGAGAGUGAGGUAGGCCCCACUCAUGUGGUGGAGAAGUUCAAUGUGCUGCUACAGCUUGAGCAGAGACUGCGUUAUACAUCAGACCCCCAGCUCCCAGGGGCUGUGCUUUCAGGAACCCUACCAGACCUCAAAGUCCAUAUCAACCUUGAGAAGAUGACUGCCCUUAGGAGUUGUUUGGCUAGGCUUAGCAGCCCAGCUGUGAAGGAAGGAGGUAAAAGUCAAGAGAGAGACCCAAAUAUAAGGUCUCCUGACCUUACACUCCGUCAUGACAAGAUCUUUCAGAGAGAGGACAGCUCCUGGAAGCUGCAGGGUUCCUCUAAGAACCUGACACAGAGUGUGAUGACUUUAGAGCAGCACACGCGGGAAGUCCUCGUGGAGUCCCGUCUACUCUUAGUUGAAUUCAACAUUAACUACAUGCAGCUUGGUGUAGAGAGUGAUGGCCGCUACAUAUCUGUUCUCAAGGUAUUUGGCACAAAUGCUCAUUUUGUCAAGCGGCCUUAUGAUGCUGAAGUCUCUCUGACUGUCCAUGGUCUUCUGCUUGUGGACACUUUACAGACUUAUGGCUCAGACUUUGACCUCCUUGUGGCUUCUCACAAGCAUCUCAGUUUUGACAUACCCACAGGCAGCCUCAGAGAGAGCCUGGCCUCAACCCCUGUAUCGUCCCCUGAUGAUAGGUCUCCUGAACAUCAGUGCCACCAUACUGAGUCAUCCUCUGGUAUGCCUGUAGAUAGAAUCUCUCCUUUCAGUUCACUUUUCAAGGACCAGGAGGCCCUAAUUAAGCUUGAGUACCAGUUUGUGAGCUCAGACUGCCCCUCCAUGAACCUGGACAGCUCCCUUCAGGUGACAAGCAUUCAGGUCAACAACCUGGACAUCAUUCUCAACCCUGAAACCAUGGUGGAGUUACUGAAGUUCCUUCAGAAGUCUUUCCCCAAAGAAGAACGUAUAUCAGCGGCACAACAUCAUUCAACACAGCCCCACAGUGAUGAAGAAGAGGUGACAUAUCAGGUCACAUAUGACCAGAACAAAGAGCUGACUGUAGAGAUUCACCGCCUUAACUUGCUUCUCCUGCGGACCGUGUCCACUGGCACUGUCCUGGUUGCUGAGAAGAAAGGACUUAAGAUUGCUACUGCCAGUAUUACUAGCACCAAGAUCAAUGUGUCAAUGGGCAGUCGUUUGGACAUCAAUGGUUCGCUUGGGUCCAUGCAGUUGGUGGACCUGUCCCAGGAAGGAGGCAAAAGUCAGUUUGUGGUUAGCAUUGGCAAUGUUGAGGAUAGCUCCUCAACUCUUGGCAGACUAAAAUUCCUUGCUGAUACAGCAGGGUCUCCCUCAGAAGCUUUGUAUUUUCACCUCUUGGAGAAAAUGCAAGGAGAAUGUUCUUUGCAACUUCAGAUGGCAUCCUUGCACUAUAACCACUCUGCAAAGUUCUUGAAGGAGCUCAGUCUGUCUGCUAACGAGGUAGAAGAAAAUUUCCGCUCCAUGUUGAGAAGUGCUGCUACCAAAGUGUCAACAGUUCUAGCCACCAAGACGGCAGAGUACAGCGGUAUGGUUUCACUCUUUGAGACCCCGUCACGGAGAACUCGAGCUUACAGUCAGAGCUGUGCUUAUCCAUUUGAGGAUGAGGAGGAUGUUCCCGUGGAUGAACCUGAAUCGACUUUAGACACUUUCUUGGUGAAGCUCAACCUUAAUAUCAGCAUUGAAUCCCCAGUUGUAUCUAUUCCACGAAAACCUGGACACCCUGAGCUAUUGGUUGGUCAUCUGGGAAGCAUAACAAUCCAGAAUUUUGUCACUGGGCAAGACUCUGAAGGAGAGAGGUUGCAGGUUUUUGUCAAGGAUAUUCGGCUGUAUUCACUCAACAUGAGUCAUUUGGUUUUGAGGAGGCAACCCAGAGGGGAUAUUACUGGCCCGAUGUCACCAUCCUGCAAUGGAAGCAUCAGUCAGGAUGAACCACAGUUUACACGUCAUGACUUCUUUGAAUCCCUCAGUCGAGGAAAAGCCUUCCAUAUAUUGAAAGACACUACCAUACAGUUCACCCUGGAGAAAGUUCCAGUUGACGAAGACACUCAGUUUACCUUCCUCACCACAGAGGAUCCCAGCAGGAGCUCAGGGUUACUAAGAAUCGAGGGCAAAUUCGUCAACCCUGUCCAGGUUUUUCUGUGCAAGUCUGUACAUGAACAAGUCCUACAGACACUGGACAAUUUGUUUCUGAAUGAGGAGCAACGAAACACCCCCAGCCAACCGCCCACACCACCAACACCAACUCCUUCUUCAACCAGACCUCACCGCUUUCCUGACCCACAGGGAGGGCUGUUUGCAAGGGACCCUCCCCAUUCCAGUUUUUCCCACUUGUCACUUUCCUCUCCUUUGCCUCUACAGUCUCGCAAAUCUGCUCUUCACUCUCCUUCAUUCACUCAGCUUAAAGUCACAUUACACGUUGCAGAAUUGCAGGUCCAACUCAGUGCUGACCUGACCCAGGGUUCUCAGGGCUUGGUCAGCCUGCGCUUCCAAGAUCUAGAGGGGGACUUUACCAAAGACCAUCCUCACUUACUGGUAGUCCAGCUAGCUCUGCGUUCACUGCUAAUGGAAGACCUACUGGAACAGAACCCUGAAUCAAAGUACAAACAUUUAAUAGUGUCCCGUGGAGCUCCCAAGCCCUCCAACUUCAGUCCAAAGGAGUACCUUUCUCAAAGUUGUCCAUCAGCAACCAAUGCCCUGUACCCAGACAUGCCUCGCUCACUGCCUGCACACAUGGAAGAGGCCCAGAAUGUCUUCCAGCUAUACCAGAGGCUUCCCAGCACCCCUUCGGGAAGUAGUCGCAAAUCAAAGAGGGAUCCGGACUGUCCAAGCACUCCACCUCCCUCUCCUACCCAUCAUACACCUUACCCUCAGCAACCCCCAAACUUUGACGACUCACUAGUUCAUAUCAAUGUGCUGCUGGUGGACCAGAACCACCCAGAGUUCAAAACAAGAUAUGGCAGUGUGGGAAGAAGCGUGGAUGUUGACUUCAACUGCCUGGACGUUUUGAUCACACUUCAGACCUGGGUGGUUAUCCUGGACUUUUUUGGUAUAGGCUCCACAGCCAAUAAUCAUGCAGUUAAAGUCUUCCCUAUGUCACCCAAACCUGUGCCCGGACACCCUCUGUAUGAAUCAGACAUCCGUGAGAAGGAGACAACAGAGGCCGUCAAUACCAAAGUGGACCUAAAGGUUCAUUCUCUGUCUCUUGUAUUGAACAAGAAACUCAAUGAGCUUGCCAGAGCUAGUGUGUCUAAAUUAUCUGCUCAUCUGGAAGUGUUGGAUGGCAACCUGGCAUUACAAGGCAGUUUAGGAAGUUUGUCCCUGAGUGACCUGACCCCACACGGUGAUCUCUACAGGGAACGCUUCACCACACGAGGAGGGGAAGCCCUUAUUUUUAACAUCCAUAAAUAUGGCCAGCCUGAUCCUUACCUGGAGCGGGAAUAUGACAUCAAGGUGUCUUUGGAGAUGGCCUCAGUGCAGUAUGUACACACCCAGCGCUUCCAGGCCGAGGUGGUGGCUUUCAUUCAACACUUCACCCAGCUUCAGGAUGUCCUGGGCAGACAGAGGGCUGCAAUGGAGGGCCAGGCUGUGCGAGAUCAUCCUCAGAGGGCAUCCAGAGUUUUGCUGGAUAUCGAGGCUGGCGCCCCAGUUAUUCUCAUCCCGGAGAGCUCACAGUCAACAAGGGUCAUUGUAGCCAACCUUGGCCAGCUCAGGGUGCAGAACUGCUUCUUGCCUGCUGGGGAUCAUGGCACCUUUGCCUUUCAAGACAAGGAACGGGUUCAGAGAACAGCAGGAAGCGGUUGUAAGCAGGAGAAGCCUAGCACCACUUCAUCCCCCACAGGUUUUACCCUUGGCAGGCCACAGGGCUCAGACAUUGGUAGAACUCCUGAUGAGAAUGGCACUCACAGCUUAGAGGACCACAUGUGCCUGUUGGACUGCAUUGCGCUUGACUUACAAGAAAUGGAUAUUUUCGCUGCAGAGCGUGUGGCUUGUCAGCCCUGGGACUGUGUUGGUAAACCUCCUGAAACCUCAAACCUCAUCUUCCCUUCCUACUCUGUUCGUCGCACUGGAAACAACCUGCUGAAAGAUUGCUGCCGUCUCAAACUAAAAUUGGAACGUAAUCUGGAUAAGGAGAUGAGCCAUGCAGUACCUGACAUGUCCAUCCAUGGCAGCCUGUCGUCAGUACACUGCUGUCUGGACUUAGAGCACUACCAGUUAAUCAGAGGGCUGCUGGAGAACAACCUGGGAGAACCGAUUGAAGAAUUCCUUCGACCCUACAACCUGCAGGACCCCAGGACCUAUACGGUGUUAAGCGGAGAUGUCUUUACUAACUUGUCAUUCCUGGUGGACAUGAUGGAUGUCAGUCUAGAGUUCUUCGAUGGCCCAAAACCCACUGAACACAAACGCUCAUUAGCAAGGUUUGACUUCAUGAAAUCAAAGCUGCUCUUUGAGAGUUUCUCCAAUGGAUCCAAGUCUGUCAACUUGGUAUCUCACUCCCUUCUGGCAUAUGACACUCGGUACACUGAGCUGAAUAAAAGCACUGGUAGACAUGAUGGGGCAAAGCACAAUGUCUUUGACUGCAUCAUUCAGCCCUCUAAAACAGGCACUAACCGGGCAUCGCUACAGCUGGAACUCCAUUACAGGGCCACACGCGACUCGUCCUGCUUCACAGUAGUCCUCAACAACCUGAGGGUUUUUCUCAUUUUUGACUGGCUCCAGCUGGUGCGAGACUUCCUACGGACACCUGUGGUGAAGGUGAGAGGUGACAAUGAGGGUCGUCAUCGAUGGCCCAGUAACACCAGUACUGACUCGUGCACCACCAGCACCAGCACCACUGGGGCAGUCAUGCCAAAGACAGUCAAGAGUGGUGUGGUCACCAAGAGGUCCACAGUACAGGUCACCCAGGACCACUGUCUGGAGGUCAAGAUCAAUGUUACAGGGACAGAGUUUGUGGUUGUGGAGGAUGUGUCCUGUCUGGAUACCAAUGCCAUCAUUCUGAAAGGUACCACUGUCCUCACCUACAAACCCCGCCUGCUGGACCGACCCUUUUCUGGAAGCCUCGCUGGAAUAGAGGUGUUCUCGUGUCGGCUUGGCAGUGAGCAGGAGACAGCACUGUCCAUCAUUGACCCCGUCAAUAUUCAGGUGGAGCUGUGUGGAAGUCCCACAUACCAAAGCAGCUCGGGUCUACUGGAUGCUUUCAAUGUGGAAGACAUCCCGCCACUGCUUGAGAUUCAUCUUCCUGUUCUGGACAUUCGUCUGUCCUACAAUGACAUUCAGCUCUUUUUGGCCAUCGCCAAGUCUAUCCCUACUUCGAGCACUACACUGCCUUAUGACACUGUUGUGAUGUUAGAGACUGCACCGUGUACUGAGCCCACAGCUACAUCUAAAGGCAUCUUCAGACAGAAGACUGAGGCCCUCAUAGAGGGACAGCUGACCCAUUUACAAGACCUUGGCUUCAAGAAAGAGGACUGCAAAAGAGCACUGAUCCACUGCAAAGGCCAGCUGGAUCAGGCAGCUACGUGGCUCCUGGAGAAUGCUGAGUAUAUGGCAGGCCGUCCCAGAGCUAGAGAUGAAUCUUGCAUCAGCAGCCACUCGGCUCCUCUGUCUGGAGUAGAGGUAAAGGCUGAGAGUGUCUGCAUCUGUUUCAUCGAUGACUGUCUGGACUGUGACGUACCACUGGCUGAGUUCACUUUCUCAAGGCUUUAUGUGCUGCAGCGCAUUGGGUCCACACAAGAAGGAAAUGCCAGCUUUACUUUGUCUGGAGACUACUACAACAGAGAGUUGUCAGGCUGGGAGCCCUUCAUCGAGCCCUGGCCGUGCUUCCUGUCCUGGCAGCAGCAGGCUGCCGGGCGCCUUCACCCACCACGUCUCAAGAUGGGGAUUCGAGCCAAGCAGAGACUGGACAUCAAUAUCACCUCAGUGCUGUUGGAUCAAUACAACAUCACCAAGAGCGCCUGGAUAGCUGACUACUGUAGCGUGGAGGAACAAAUCACCCAGUCCUCCCCCUUGCCCUGGAUGGGAUCCUCAGUUGACCCGCCCAGCUUCGGACAGACAGAUGUCAAAAUGUCCAAAAGGAGGCAGCCAUUCGUGCCAUAUGCUUUGCGCAACCACACAGGCUGUACCAUGUGGUUUGCCACUUUGACCACAAGCCCCACAAGGGUGGCACUGUCACACAGCAGCAGUGCAGAUUCCAUCUCAGAUGUCCACGGUCCAGGAGCUGAUGACACUCACAAUAUCAGCCAGUGGAGGGAGGUGCUGCCUGGGGAAGAGAUUCCCUUUGAAUUUGAAGCCCGAGAGAAACUCCGCCACAGACACACUCAUGAGCUAAACCUGCACCAGCUGCUGGUGAGGGUGUGUGGAUGGGAGCAAGUCAAGCCAGUAUCUGUGGACAAAGUCGGUGUUUUUUUCCGUUAUGCUGCUCCAGAUAGAAACAAUUCUUCCAGCACAGUUGGCAGUCCUAUUAGCAGGACCAACAUCAUCCACCCACAUGUUUAUUUCUCAGCCCUGCCUCCGGUCAGAGUAGUCUUCUCCAUCACAAUGGAGGGCAGUGCAAGGAAAGUCAUCACCGUACGUUCUGCUCUCAUGGUAAAGAACCAACUGGAUGUUCCUAUAGAGGUCAGACUCGACAGUCCCUCUGCUCCUGACAAACCGGUGGUGUUGCCUCCAAUCCUGCCUAGUCAGGCCUUAGCAGUACCCCUCCACCUAACAUCCUGGCGGCUGCAGGCUCGGCCCAAAGGCCUGGGCCUAUUCUUCUGUAAGGUUCCCAUUCACUGGACCAGCGUGGAGCGGAAUGGGGAGAUCAACAGCAGUAAGAGGGACUGUCAUUCAGCAGACUUAAAUGAUAACGUCAAGCAUAAUUUCAGGUUUUGUGUGGUCAUCAAAAAGGAGAACUACCCAGACCAGCAGCCUGCCAAGAUUAUUUCUGGCAGUGCUAAGCAGAUCUAUCGACAGCCAGGCCACACUAUCUACCUUCUGCCCACCAUGGUGCUGGCCAACCUUUUGCCAUGUGACCUCAACUACUACAUCAAAGGAACGUCCAUCAAAGGCUCAUUGAAACCAGGAAAAGAAGCUGUACUUCAUGCAGCUGAUACCUCGCAGAAUAUGGAACUUGGAGUCCUGUUGGAGAACUUCGCUGUGUGCAAAGAGCUGCUGAUUCCUCCUGGGACACAAAACUACGUGGUACGAAUGCGGCUGUAUGACCCUAACAAACGCCUGCUUUGCCUCACCAUCCGCAUCAUCCUGCGGGCACAGGGGGCACUGAAGAUCAUGAUCUCUGCCCCCUACUGGCUUAUCAACAAGACAGGUCUGCCAUUAAUUUUCCGUCAGGAUAAUGGCAAAGCAGAUGCAGCAGGUCAGUUUGAGGAGCAUGAGUUGGCCCGAAGCCUCAGCCCAAUACUAUUCUGCUACACCGACAAGGAGCAGCCAGCUAUGUGUACUAUGAGGAUUGGGAAAGGAAUCCAUCCUGAGGGAGUUCCUGGCUGGUGCCAGGGGUUUUCCCUGGACGGAGGGAGUGGAGUCAGGGCAGUGAAGGUUAUACAGCAUGGAAACCGGCCUGGCUUCAUCUACAACAUUGGAAUCAGUGUGCGGAAAGGAAAAGGACGCUACAGGGACACUCACAUAGUGACUUUUGCCCCACGCUACCUGCUGGACAACCGCUCGACACACAAACUGGCCUUCGCUCAGAGAGAGUUUGCAAGAGGAAAGGGUACGGCCAACCCAGAAGGUUAUAUCUCCACUCUGCCCGGCUCCAGUGUUGUUUUCCACUGGCCCCGCAAUGACUACGACCAGCUGCUGUGUGUACGUCUCAUGGACACCCUCAACUGCACAUGGUCUGGAGGCUUUGAGGUCAACAAACCAAAGUCUUUCCAUGUCAACAUGAGGGACACACUGGGGAAGUGUUUCUUCCUGCGGACAGAGAUCACCCUGAAGGGAGCCACUUACCAGAUCUCCUUCACUGACACUGACCAGCUGCCUCCGCCCUUCCGCAUUGACAACAUCUCUGAGGUGCCUAUACAGUUCUGGCAGCAUGGUGUGGCUGACAUCAGACUGUACACUGAGGUGAAGGCAGGCGCGGAGCUGGAUUAUGCCUGUGAUGAACCCACAUUGCCGCCCUACCUCACACUGACUGUGAAGGGAGCUGGAUCAUCAGAGGUCACAGCUGACAUGAACUUCUUCAGAGAAUACAACAAACUGUACUAUGAGAACUUCAUCUACAUUGCAGCCACAUACACAUUCACAAAGAAUGUUGAGAGAAGACCAGUUGGGAAUAAGCAGCUGGUUUGCUGUGCUGAACUAGUACUUGAUAUAGACACCAAGACUCAAAGGGUCAUCCUGAAAAAGAAGGAGCCUGGGAAGCGCUCCCAGCUAUGGAGGAUGACUGGGACUGGUAUGCUGUGUCAUGAAGGCUCGUCUCCACCGCAGAGCAAGCCGGCCCAGCCACGCCCACUAGAUUCCUCUUUAGUACUGGAUAUCGCUGGGCUUGCAGCAGUUAGUGACAACAGUUUUGAGCCUUUAAUGCUAAGGAGGCCAGACUCGCGCCGCAGCACAACCCAGACGUGGUACUUCAGCUCUGGCAUGCUGACCUGUGGCCUUCCACGGCUGGUGGUACAGGUGAAGGGUGGUGUGGCAGGUUUGUAUGAUGGGGUAGAGGUGGUGCUGGGACCAGACUCUGGGCUGCUGGAGCCAGGCCCUGAUCAACAGUUUAUCAACCAGAAGAUGAGACCCGGUUCUGGUGUGCUGUCCGUCCAGGUGCUGCCGGAUGGACCCACUCGUGUCCUGCAGAUAAGUGACUUCAACCAGAGGAGAAUGAUCCGCAGUUCACCCAGCACCGAACAGGUGGGGAGCAAAGAGAAUACGAAGAAGAAAGAGCCUGAGCAGGAGCUGGAGGUGUUGGUGAACAUGGAUGAAGGUGUGGGUGUGUCUCUGGUCAACAAGGUUCCGGAAGAGCUUGUGUUUACGACAAUGUCUGGUAUCGAUGUACACUUCACCCACACUGCUGUCAGCGAGGUGCUGGAGGUCAGCAUUCAGAACAUCCAGGUGGACAACCAGCUGUUGGGUACCACUCAGCCUGUGAUGUUGUGUGUCACUUCCGGUUCCGGCGACAGCAGCGAUAGCGACAGUGGCCCAGCCCUGCAAGUCAAUUCCGUCAAGGUUUCCAGCAACCUCAUGCUCACUGAUCUAUUCAAGCAUCUCAUGGUGACAGCCCGACGCUUCACUGUCAUCAUUGAGGAGAAACUCCUGCUUAAGCUGCUCACCUUCUUUGGAUAUGGACAGACAGAGGCUGAGCUGGAGAAGUUGUAUGACCUCCAUGAGAAGCCCAAUGAGGAUGCAGGAGCACCCAAACGUUACUACUUUGAGAACCUGAAGAUCAGUCUCCCUCAGGUCAAACUGAGUGUCUUCACAUCUCACAAGUUGCCUCCUGAUCUCAAGGCACUGAAAGGUUCUCUGGGCUUCCCACUGGUGCGUUUUGAAGACGCAGUCAUCAACAUGUACCCGUUCACUAGAGUGCACCCCUACGAGACCCAGGAGAUCAUAGUCAAUGACAUCCUCAAGCACUUCAGAGAGGAGCUGAUCAGCCAGGCAGCUCAAAUCCUGGGCUCCGUGGACUUCCUAGGAAAUCCGAUGGGCCUUCUCAAUGAUGUAACCGAGGGCGUGUCGGAGCUCAUCAAGUAUGGCAAUGUCGGUGGCCUUAUACGCAAUGUGACCCACGGUGUGUCCAACUCAGCUGCCAAGUUUGCAGGGACUUUGUCAGAUGGGUUGGGAAAGACUAUGGACAACCGACACCAAAGUGAGCGAGAGUACAUCAGAUACCACGGAGCGACCAGUGGAGAGCACCUUGUAGCAGGAAUCCAUGGACUGGCUCAUGGUAUCAUUGGGGGCAUGACGAGCAUCAUCACUUCCACAGUGGAGGGGGUGAAGACGGAGGGUGGAGUCAGUGGAUUCUUCUCAGGUCUUGGUAAAGGUCUGGUCGGAACUGUGACCAAACCGGUGGCUGGAGCUCUGGACUUUGCAUCAGAGACAGCACAGACAGUCCGGGACAUGGCUAGUCUCAGUAACCACAGGCUCAGUGUGCAGCGUGUCAGGAAGCCUCGCUGUUGUAAGGGACCCCAAGGUCUGCUGCCUCGAUACUCUGCCAUUCAGGCUGAUGGUCAGGGACAACUUUUCCGCCUCACUGACAACAUCCACUCUGAGUUCUUCAUCGCUGUGGAGCCCAUCGACAGCUAUUGUGUCCUCAUAUCUUCCAAAGUUGUCUACUUCCUGAAGCCAGGGGACUAUAUGGACCGCGAAGCCAUCUUCCUGGAGGUCAAGUACGAUGACCUGUACCACUGUCUGGUCUCCAAGGACCAUGGGAAGGUAUAUCUGCAACUCACCAAGAAGGCUGAGAGCACCAGCAGUGGUGUUGCCAUUCCUGGCCCCUCCCACCAGAAACCCAUGGUCCAUGUAAAGAGUGAGAAUCUCGCCAUCAAAAUCUCUCAAGAAAUCAACUAUGCCAAGAGUCUUUACUACGAGCAGCAGCUGAUGCUUCCGGCCAGUGAGAAUGAGGACUACUUACUGCUGGAGUCCUGAUCACAUGAUUUUUCUAAGACGGUGUCUGAAGAAUUACUAAUUUUUCUUAAAUCCUGAGAAUGUCUUUUGUUUAUUUUUGUAGGCUUUUGUUUUUUUAAAUUGACAAGCUGCAGUAAAUGGAACAGUCAAGCACCAUUGCACUUGGUAUAGUCACAUGAUGUUUGACAAAGCACAUGCAUGUUCAUGACAGAGAAACCACAUGCAAGGCAGUGUUUUGUAUGUAUAUGAAGUAUGUAUAAACAACAGCUUUGAACAAGCUGUUCUUUGCUGUUGACAACAGGUAUACACACCCUACAAGCUCUAUAUGUUUGUGAAUAGUCAGAAAUGUAAAUAUAAUAAACUGCCUUUACAACUCUAUUUUGUGUAUAAGAGUGCAGGGGUGACCUGUAGUGACACCAGGAGGGCUGGGACCUGCAAGGCAUUUGCCUGUCUGUCACUGUCUGCCUUUUACAAUCACAUACCUCUACAUCUGAGUGUCUCUGCUUUUUGAUGAGCCCACUGUUCUUUCUAACGAGUAAGUCCACACUCCCUCUAACCAGGCUUCACUCUAAGUUGAUACAACUUGUUGAAGAGUUGCUUGUUAAUUGUCAGGUUUUGGGUUUUUGGUUUGGUGUCAGAGGUUUUCUUGAGCUAAGAUUGAAUUGUUUUUUAAUAGUGGGAGUGAAGUUCAGUCAAUCUGUAACAAUGUUCACAUGGAUACUGCUCUAAUAAAGUCCCAUAACUGCAGCAUG